AUGCGAAAACCGUACCGUAAAACUCCUCCAGGGUUCAGUCUGAUGGAGACGGGCUACGUGCAGCCGAAGAACGAGAUCAACCAGCAGCUGAUGAACGUGGUGGACAUCUGCUGCCUCGGCGUCUCCUACUGGAUCGUCGGGCACGGCCUCAUCUAUGGGGACAGCUACGGCACCUCCCCGUUCGCCGGCGUCGGCAACUUCUUCUUCGCAACGAGCGAAGACCAAAGCGGGAGCGAGUACUCGACGUACGCGUUCGAGCUGUCGCUGGCCGCCCUGUCCGCGACCAUCGUCUCGGGGGCCAUCGCCGAACGAGUCAAACUCCACGUCUGGCUUCUAUACAACUUCUUCUCCGUCUUCAUCUAUUCCAUCCCUGCAGGAUGGAUGUGGGGGAAGCACGGGUUCCUCAGGAAAAUGGGGGCAGUGGACGUGGCAGGCGGCUGCGUCGUGCACGGUGUCGGAGCCACCACCGCCCUCAUCUUCACUAUCCUUCUGGGACCCAGGAACAGAGACAAGCAAGCAGACUCCCGGGGGAUUCCUUCGGCGAACAACACCCUCGUCGGGUUCUACAUGCUCAUUUGGGGAUAUUUGGGAAUGAAUUGCGGAUCGACUUUCGGGGUUCGGGGCACGAAGUGGCAUCACACUGCGAAGGCAGCGGCGACGACGAUCACAGCAGCCAUGGUUGGCUUCUCCGUCGCCUUGGUCGUCAGCUACGUCGUCACCAGAUACAGGACGGGCAAGGGAAGGUAUGACGUCGUCGACAUCGUUCAGGGCACCCUGGGAGCCAUCGUGUCUGUCACCGAGAUGCCAUACUUUUGUAAUGACUCACUUCCUGACAUUGACCAUGCUAAUGAUGCAUGCAAGAUCCCCCACGGCCAAAACAAACUGAGGAUGUCUGUGACAGGUGGAUGUGCGGUGAUCUCACCGUGGCAGAGCGUGGUGAUCGGGAGCCUGGCAUGCCCGAUCGUGCUCGCCGCAGCGGAGCUCAUACGCCGGGCGGGGGUGGACGACGUCUGCUCGGUGGUCGCGACUAACGGGGUGGCGGGGAUCUGGGGAGUCCUCAACACGGGGAUCUUCUCGGAUACGGAGGACAUCGGGUUCCAUGUGAGCAGCACUUUGAAGGGGACGCUCUACGGGGGAGGAGGGAGGCUGUUCGGGGUUCAGGUUCUCGCCAUCGUCUGCUGCCUCAGCUGGGCCGCUGUCACGAGCUUCGCUCUUCUCUUCGUCUCAUUACCCCAGAUUUUGCAUCGUGACCGCAAUGACUCGGCCCUUCCUUUGCAGUUCCUCGAUCGGCUCAUCGGACUUCGAGUCAGUCCGAUAGUGGAACUCGAGGGCCUGGACAAGGCCGUUCACAACAUCGUCAGCAAGGGCGAGGAUUGGGGAUUCAAAGUGGCCGACCUGGCAGCCGUGACCCCGCCCGGACGCCGGGCCAAGUCGAGGUCAAGGUCAUCGAGGUCGAGACAGAAGGUGCGACCGACGGCCAUCACCACC